AUGAAUCCUGGUGGCCAGAGGGGACCCGGCCCGGCGGCCGAAAGCAGCCGAAGCGGCGGCCCCGGGACGGAGGAAGCGGGCCCUGGGGCCGAGUCCUCGCUUUCGCUCUCGCCGUCACCGCGGGGCGCUGGGCAGCGUCCAGGCCCCGGCCCGCUGCCCUUCAGCGUGGAGUCACUGCUGGUGCUGGAGCGCAGACCCGCCCGGGUGACCCGGGCCCCCGAGGUGCGCGCUGGCCCCGGCCACGGCCACAGCCACAGCCACAGCCCGGGCCAGACCAGGGGCGGCCGCUACGCGCCCGACACCGGACAGGAGGCGGCGGCAGCUGGGGCUGCUGCGGAGCCCCGCGUGGAGGCGGCGGCUGCAGCUGCUGGGGAGAGCCCCCGGGGGGACGCGGAGCCCGGAGCCUGGUUCCCCUCAGCCACCUACUCGUCUCCUCCUCGGCCCCCCAGUCCCCCACCGUGCACCCUCCGAAAACACAAGAACAAUCGAAAGCCUCGGACACCCUUUACCACGGCACAGCUGCUGGCCUUAGAACGGAAAUUCCGGCAGAAACAGUACUUGUCCAUCGCGGAACGAGCAGAGUUCUCCAGCUCUCUGAGCCUCACCGAGACACAGGUCAAGAUUUGGUUUCAGAAUCGAAGGGCGAAAGCCAAGAGACUGCAGGAAGCCGAGUUAGAGAAACUGAAGCUAGCGGCCAAGCCUCUUUUGCCUUCUUUUGCCCUGCCUUUCCCAUUGGGAGCUCACCUACAGGGUUCACCUACUCUAUAUGGGGCCUCAAGCACCUUUCCCCGGGGCACCCUGCAGCCCGUGCCGGGGCUUUUUACAACCCCAGUCACCUACGGCAUGUACUAUCUGUCCUAGGGGGCACUAGUCUGCUUAUGUAACCCCAAAGACUCGGCCAGCCUGGAGUCCUUCAGACAAGCCUUGGGCCUAAACCUGAAAUCUGGAUGCCCCGGAAGGGGCUAGAGUGGGCUUGAUCUGUGUUUCUUGAUCUGUGACUGAGAGAAAUAACCCCGUAGUGGGUAAAAGUUCUGUGUAUGAAUUGCUUGAGAUCGAAACCAUGGCUGGUAUCAGUCUACUGAAUAGAGUCCUAUCUGGGUAUUUGUGGCAUUUUCUCCAGAGAGUGGGGGAAGGGGUGAGGGGGAAGCUCUAAAUCCAAGAUUCUAGGUUCCCAGAAGAAGAGUUUAUGGAGAUGUCCUCGGAUUUUUUUUUUACCCCAGCUUCUGAAGCAAUCUAAAAAUAGAACCAAGGUACAAGUUGGUUAGUUAUCUGGAGUGAACACAGUCAAAAUCAGACAGUUAAAGGCCUCUUCCUGAUAAAUAUAAGGGAAGGCAGGCCCCUGGCAGCAGCCUAUGGAAAUCAUCAUAGGUUUGCUCCUCCAUGAAAAUCUGUGAAAGUAACACAUCUUAGGAUUGUAAAUCCAGAUUUCUGCCCAUCUCCACAGCGCAAUGCCCAGAGCAGCAGGCUUUUGUAACUAUCAAGCCUUUCGAUUUUCCUUUUCUUAUUUGAUUAAUAUGAGUUGCAUUUGAGGUCAGAAAUCUGCUUGGCAGUGCCUCUUACAGAUAUUUAAAAGAUGUAUUUUUAAAAAUCGUGUGCAUAUCAGAAUUAAGGAAACUGUUUACGGAAAGACAAUGUACAUAGUUUUUGUACAGUGGCCUGGAUGGACUGGAAUAAAAUUUCCUAUUUUGUACAGAGCAG